CAAUGUUGUACAAAUGGGGAACAUACAAGCCACAAUUAAUUCAUGCUAUAACUGAAAGAAACAUGCAAACCUUUAAUCCACUCACCAUCACCUUUUAUUACUUUAUGAACAAUAAUAUAAGAUGGGAGAAAUCAAUCAAAUAUAAAAUAAAUGAAAGAGGUAAUGAUGAACCCACAUAUUUUCAAUAUCUUUAUCAUGAUGGUGAAAGAUAUGCAAUACAUGAAACUAUAGAUGGAGAAUAUAAAGUAAGAUUCACAAAUGAAUUCUAUAAGUAAAUUGAUUUUUUAUGAUUAGAGUCAAUCCAGAAAAAAUUGAAGAUUGGGUUACAACAGUUGUUAAUAACGAUGCCUUAGUUGGAGAUGAAGAAUACAUUAGUUUGGUUUACUCUAUUGCAAUUGAAAAAUUAAAUUAAGAAAAAACUGAUUUAAGAAAAUUAUAAGUUGAAGAAGAAGGUGAUUCUCUAAAAGUAAUUAUUAUUUUAAUCUAGAUUACUAUUACUACAGCCUAAUAAGUAAACUACAUUUAUGUGACCUUAGAAUCUAAUGGUAAAUAGGUCAAUUUAAAUCAAAACGAUAAUUUCGGAUAUUCGUUGCAAUUUUAGAAUCCUACCUUAAAUUACAAUUUGAGAACUCUCUUAUAUAGUGAAUUGAGAAAAACUAAAGAAGAUAUUCCAUUUAAAUUUAAUAAAACUAUUGAUUAAGAAUAAGGCAAUAUUGUCUUUGUUUAAUAUGUAGCCAAAAGAAAUGAAUUGUUUAAAUUUUAAUUAAGAUAUAUGUAAAGAGAGAUAUCAGUAUCAAGUGAUUACUUUUUUGAUGCUAGGAUAUUAAAGAAAUUGGAUAAUAUGAAUUUCUUCUCUUAAUUCAAUAGGACUUUCAAUAAAAUACAACUAAGUAUCUAUAUAAAAUUUAUUGAUUAUAGAAAAUCCAUUCUAUCUAUCCUGCUCAAUGAGUUCAUUUGUAAAUCUUAUAGGAGGAUUUGCCACUUCUUUUGGAAACAUAGAAUGUGAAGAAGCAAAUCCAAUCUGUUAAUAAUAGAAGAUGAUGUUUACUCCAACCCCUUCAAGAUUUGGAUUCCCUAGACCAUUUCUAUGGGAUGAUGGAUUUCAUAAUAUGAUUGUUUGUAGAUGGAAAUCUCAAUUAUGUAUAUAAUCUUUAUUAGAUUGGUUUGAUACAAUGUCAAGUAAUGGAUGGAUACCUAGAGAAUAAGCAAGAGUAUUUUAAUACCUUUAUAUUAAAGAGCCCAGAAUAGAAAACAGCUGUACCUUAAGCAUUCUUAGCCUAAAAAUAAAGUGAAACUAAUCCACCUACUUUUAUAUUUAAUUUUCUUUAUCUUGAUUGUAUGAGUUAUAGUAUAUAAAUUAGCUUUGAAAAAUGGAGAAAUAUAAUAAUAGGUUCGAAAACUAUAUACAAAAGCAAUAGAUUGGUAUCAUUUUUGGAUAAAAUCUUAAGGAGUAAAUGAAGGAGAUAAUUUCUUAUUAUUCAAAUGGUGGGGAAUGAAUGAUAACAUUAAUUUUGGAUCAGGAAUGGAUGAUUGGCCAAGAUCCCAUAAUGGAUUGAAAAGCAAAUUCAAUAUUGAUGCUAGUAUGUGGGGUUGGUUUUUUGCUGAUUCAAUGCAAAAAUUGGCUACUAUUUAUGAUCCAUAAAAAAGCAACCAAUUCCAUUAAACAGCAGAAAUGAUUAAGAAGUCUAUUAACAAAUAUCAUUUCGAUCCAGAUGAUAAAAUAUUUAAAGAUGUCUUAAUAGAUGGAUCCUUUUCUCCUCAUCUUGGAUAUCCAAAUUUAUUUCCUAUUGCUUUUGGAUUUAUUGAUCCUACAAAAACAGAUAUUUUAGAUUCCUAUGUAAAUAUGAUAAAAAAAGAAUUAUGGACAAAUCAUGGUCUUAGAUCUUUGAGCAUUAAUGAUAAUCAUUUUGGAAAAGUUAUCUAUAUUAUUAAAUAUUAUAGGGAGAUAAUUAUUGGACUGGACCAGUUUGGAUACCAAUUAAUUAUUUAAUUCUUAGAGGAAUCUAAAAGUAUUAUCCUACACAUAAAGGGUUAAUGGAUAUCUAUAAGGAACUUCGAGAGAAUUUAAUGAAUACUGUUUGUAUUAAUUGGAGAGACAGAGGGUAAUGUUAGUCCAUUCAUUUUUUAGAUACUUCUUUGAACAUUAUAAUUAAAGAUAAGAUGGAUUAGGAAGAGGGUAUCAUCCUUUUAAUGGAUGGACUAGCACAAUAACAUUAAUUAUACAUGAAAUUUAUGAUUGAG